AUUUUAUCAUCACUCCUAACACACUACCUACCUGUAAAAGUCAUUACAAAAGCAUAAUCUAAAGAAAGAGAAGAAGAAGAAGCAGCAACCGGCAAUUGCUAAUUGGAGUUCCAUAUCCGCUGAUCCACUAUUUUACGGAGUGAGUGAACCAUACCAUAGCAAUUGGAUACUGCUCAUUUGGAUAAAAGAUUGACUUUGAGAGAGACAGCAGAGCAGAAUAUUGGUGCAAAGUUACUAUUAUUAAAAAUCAAAAAACCAGAAUAUUAAACAUGAAUUCAAACGAGGAAUCUACUUGCCCUCUUUUAUCCGAAACUGAUGAGAACUCAAUCCAACACCUCCCUCGUCAGAAUUCUGUUAAUUCACUCAGAUCUGCUUUCAUGUCCACACUUCCUGAUAAGGUGCUAUCUGGUCUUGACACAGAAGCACCGUUUGAGUUUGACUUCUCCAAAGUCACGGGUUUAAGCCAAGGAGAGAAAGAUUAUUAUCAAACACAGAUGGCUACUCUGCAAUCGUUUGAGGAAGUGGAUUGCAUGGAAGAAUUGGACGCCAUUGAAGAAGAUGAUGAUGAUAAAGAAGAACUGGCUCAACAAGAAAAAGCAAUGAAGAUAUCAAACAUUGCAAAUAUAGUUUUGUUAAUACUGAAGAUUUAUGCCACUGUACGAAGUGGAUCAUUAGCCAUUGGAGCGUCCACUUUGGAUUCAGUGUUGGAUCUGAUGUCCGGGGGUAUAUUGUGGUACACCCACAUAGCCAUGAUGAGUGUAAACAUAUAUAAGUAUCCCAUUGGAAAACUUAGGGUUCAGCCAGUGGGUAUCCUUGUAUUUGCAGCCAUCAUGGCCACUCUUGGAUUUCAAGUGCUUCUUACCGCACUAGACCAACUGAUCAGAAAUAGUCAUAGUGAAAAGUUGACCGAAGAACAACUACUAUGGCUGUGUUUAAUUAUGAUAUUUGCGACUGUGGUAAAGCUUAUGCUUUGGCUUUACUGCAGAAGCUCGGGUAACACAAUUGUCCGUACCUAUGCCGAUGAUCACUACUUUGAUGUGGUGACAAACGUGGUUGGAUUGGUUGCGGCUAUUCUCGGAGAUAAAUGUUAUUGGUGGGUCGAUCCCGUUGGAGCUAUUUUACUUGCGGUUUACACCAUAACGAAUUGGUCUCGCACCGUUAAAGAAAAUGCAGUUUUAUUGGUGGGAGAAUCUGCGCCUCCAGAAUUUUUGCAGAAAUUGACAUAUCUGGUUUUAAGGCACCCUGGAGUUAAGCGUGUUGACACUGUUCGUGCAUAUACUGCUGGUGUUUUAUAUUUUGUUGAGGUAGACAUUGAACUCCCCAAAGAUAUACCACUAACAGAAUCUCAUAAUAUUGGGGAGAGUCUCCAGACAAAGCUCGAAAAACUCAAAGAAGUUGAACGAGCAUUUGUACAUGUAGACUUUGAAUGCCAGCACCGACCAGAGCAUUCAAUUCUCUGUAGAUUGCCUAGCAGUUAGUAACAUUAUGAACUUUAACUUAAUCUGUCUCUUGGUUUUGUAACCAUAAUUAGAAUUGUUUGAAGAAAUCUGUAGGAAGUGUUGAUUUGUUUGAUUUCUGUCUCUUCAGUGGUCAAGAACCCGUUGGUUUUUAUAGUUAGAGUUUAGGUGUAAUGGUGAAGAAAGCUGGAUGGGUUUUUUUUGGUAGAAUGAAUCCUUUUUAUGUGAUGUGAUUGGGGAUGACGUUUUCUGAAUUCUGACCAAUAACAUUCUUCCUUUAGAUCUCGAUGAAUAUUA